AGGCUGCUCCCCACUAUAUAUAUAUACACACACACACACAUAUAUAAGGAGCAGCAGAUACAGAGAGAGAGACAGAGACUCUGUUUUGUUGGAGUGUGAAAGGAAAAUCUAGCUAGCUCUCUCAUGGUGAUGGAGGAGCCUGUUGGUUUGUUUUAUGGGUGGUUUAAGAUAUUAGUCAUCAGUUUUGUGGGCUUAUUGCUAGUGUUAAAGUUGAUAGAGUUGGUAUGGUGGAGACCCAGAAAGAUUGAAGAGCAUUUCUCAAAGCAAGGAAUCAGAGGGCCCUCAUAUCACUUAUUCGUAGGCAAUGUGAAGGAGCUUGUGGGGAUGAUGACAAAUGCCUCCUCUCAACCCAUGUCUUUCUCUCACAACAUUCUUCCCAGAGUCCUUCCUUUCUACCCUCAUUGGAAGAAAAUCUAUGGUGCAACAUUUCUGAUAUGGUUUGGUCCCAAUGUCCGGCUGGCUGUUUCUGAUCCGGAUCUCAUCAGAGAAGUCUUCACUUCCAAGUCGGAAUUCUUUGAGAAAAUUGAGGCACACCCACUUGUCAAACAGCUUGAAGGCGAUGGACUCUUGAGCCUCAAAGGUGAAAAAUGGGCUCACCACAAAAAAAUCCUUGCUCCCACUUUUCACAUGGAGAAUCUCAAAUUGUUGGUGCCGGUGGUGGCGAAGAGUGUUAUCAAUUUGUUGGACAAUUCUCUACCAAUGUCGUCCUCGGCAGAAGUGGAGAUUGAAGUGUCGGAGUGGUUCCAGACUUUAACGGAAGAUGUAAUUACUCGUACAACAUUUGGGAACAGCCAUGAAGAUGGAAAAGCCAUUUUCAAGCUCCAAGCUCAGCAAAUGGAGCUCGCAGCCGAUGCUUUCCAGAAAGUGUUGAUUCCUUAUUUCAGCAGGUUUUUCCCAACAAAGAGAAACAUCAAUUCAUGGAGGCUGGACAAGGAGAUAAAGAAAUCAUUGAUAAAGCUGAUAGAUUGCAGGAAGCAGCGGCAGCGGCAGCGGCAGAAAACCCAAAUAGACAAAGAGGGACCCAUUCCCAUCCCCAUUCCCAAGGACUUGCUGGGACUGAUGAUUCAGGCCUCCAACAUAACAGUGCACGACAUCGUUGAAGAGUGUAAGGGGUUUUUCUUCGCAGGCAAACAGACGACAUCCAAUCUUCUGACGUGGACCACCGUCCUGCUAGCUAUGCACCCACACUGGCAGGUGCUAGCACGUGACGAGGUUCUCAGUGUGUGCGGAUCACGUGACUUACCACCCUCCAAAGAUGAUCUUGUCAAGCUCAAAACGCUGUCCAUGAUUCUCAAUGAAUCCCUGAGGCUUUACCCUCCUAUUAUUGCCAUGAUCAGACGCGCCAAAUCUGACGUGGAGUUGGGGACCCACAAGGUCCCACGUGGGACCGAGCUUUUGAUGCCGAUCUUGGCCCUUCAUCAUGAUCAGAGCAUAUGGGGCAACGAUGCGAAGGAAUUCAAUCCUGGGCGUUUCUCCAAGGGGGUGACCGGAGCAGUGAAGCAUCAGGCGGGGUUCAUACCGUUUGGGCUUGGUGGGCGGACUUGCAUAGGACAAAGUCUAGCAAUUUUGCAAGCCAAGUUAGCACUAGCCAUCCUACUUCAACGCUCCUCCUUCCGAUUAGCUCCAACAUAUCAACAUGCCCCAGCAGUCCAAAUGCUACUCCACCCACAAUAUGGUGCCCCCCUCAUUUUUCGUCGUCUGCCCCACCCCAACCCCCCACACGAUUCAUCAUAAUAUUGGUUAGCUAGCUCCUGAUUCGAUUCAUGUACCAUCUUGUGUGCCUACCUACCUUACUAAAUUGAUCGAGUGACCAAAAAAACAAAAAAUAAAUAUUACCUUGUCAUCUCGGUCGAUCUUCAUUAUGCAGCUAGCCUAGUCAGCGAAUUAAGCAAGACACCGUUCUUAAUCCGGCCUGUAAGAAUGGAGCCCUGAAUUGGAGUGUUUCGGAUGGAUGAUCAAUAUUAAUUGGUUUUUGCACCAAGAUUAACAUUUAGGAAUAUUGGUAUUUACCAAAGUUAAUUUCUUAUCUCUUUUUUUUUUUUUAAUUUCUUUUCACUUGGCAUGUAAUUUUGAAGUUAGGGACUCUAGUGAAUGGCUAACAACUAGGUAGAGCUUUAAUUUCCUUGGCAUGUAAUGUAAAUUAAUAUAUGUAUAUUCGCAUAAUUUUCACCAA